GCCGGAACCUGGGCAAGUGGGCAGCCUACAGCAAAAAAACGGUCAGCGGCCUUGAUUGGAGCGGCUUGCUCAAGCCACACCCUGCCCUGAACGGGGGAUGGCCCACUUGAGAAAUGAACUGGUUCGCAUCGACUAAGGGUCUGGAAGCGUUGUGCAGUCUGUGCGGGCGUGCCGAUGCCUUUUGUGUAUCUUCACAUCUCUAUGAAUCGAGAUGUGGAUUGGCAGCUCCAGCAAAUUGUCUGAAGUCAUACGAAAUUGCUACUUUGUAUUUGGAGAGUACCAAUUCUUCAACUUAUGACGUAUCAAUUGUUGUUGGUUUUGCAAUUGCGGUUUGAUGCUCUGCUAG